AUGAUCAGAGUCGCAAGUUCUGGUUUUCCACCAGCAAAUAGGCUAAUCCAAGUCAGAUUGUUACCAAAUGCCUGGAAUCAAGGCUAUGGUAAUCAAAAUUAGGAAAACUAAAAUUAUUACCGUGGCAAUGACUAUACAGUAUAGGUUGCCAUUCUUACAGACAAAAUAAUUCUUGAUUAACCAGUCUAUGGUAAAGUUAGUGUUAAGGCUGCUGAUCCUAAAAUGCCAUUACCAAAUAUGGUUAAUAUCUACUUCGGAUUUGAUUACUCUCAGGGGGAUGAUGUCUAAUAGAUUUUCUUAAACAAGAAAGGCUCUGCUUAUUUCAAAGUAGUACCAAGAAUAGAACAACUUGGCAAUUCAACUUCAUUCUAUGUCAGUGCUUCAGCUCGUCCUUACAGAUGCUGGAGUACCUCAGUAAAAUCAAACAAACAAUAGUUCAAACUAAACUUAACCAUGGGGUAUCAAAGCAAUCUUCCAAACAGAGCAACUCAGUGA